GUUACAUAUUUUUUGUGUGACUGUAAAUAUUGCAUCACCAUAGAUAUUUUAAAUCUGUCAAAGUAACAAAGAAGUUUUUGACAAUAAUUAUUAGUUAUACCAAACGUCAAAAGUCAAAACAAUCAGCAGUCAGCACCUAUUUGGACUUUCGUAAUUCGUUGUGUUUGUAUUUUGCCGGUGUACACUGUUGGUGUUUUUUUAUUAUUGAGAAAUCGUAACUUAGUUGUUUAUCUCAUAAGUUUAGUAUUAAAAUAAAAUGAAGGAAACUACAGGUGAUAUUGAUACAAAGAACGUUGUGAAGAAUAGAGAGUUGCUUUAUCGUAUGAUUAUCAGUCAGCUGUACUAUGAUGGAUACCAGCCUAUUGCAGCAUCAUUGUCAGCUGCGGUGCAUGCAGACCCACCAUGUCCACCCAGUGAUAGACUUCUAAAUGUCAUGAUGGUGGGACUGCAGCAUGAGCCGGAGAGACGGGACCGUCUCGCGGCCUCCAGUGGUGCUGAGCAUCUUCUGGGCACCACAGGCCUUGAUCUGGAGUUCGAGAUGGACGCGUCCUCGCUCGCGCCCGAGCCCGCCACUUACGAGACGGCGUACGUGACGUCACACAAGAUGGCGUGCCGUGCCGGCGCCUUCAGCGCCUGCGGCCAGCUGGUCGCCACCGGCAGCGUGGACGCCAGUAUCAAGAUCCUUGACGUGGAGCGGAUGCUGGCCAAGUCGGCUCCCGAGGAGGUGGAGGCGGGCCGCGAGCAGCAAGGACACCCCGUCAUCAGGACCUUGUACGACCACACGGACGAGAUCACGGCGCUGGACUUCCACCCGCGGGAGCAGGUCUUGGUGUCGGCCUCGCGCGACUGCUGCAUCAAACUGUUCGACAUCACAAAGGCUUCCGCUAAGAAAGCGUACAAGAGCAUUACGGAUGCUGAGCCGGUGCUGUGCGUGGCGUUCCACCCGCUGGGUGACCACAUCAUAGCGUCCACCACGCACCCUGUCAUCCGGCUGUAUGACGUCACCACGGGUCAGUGCUUCGUGUGCCCCAUCCUCUCGCACCACCACAAGCGACAAGUCAACUGCAUCAAGUUCUCUCCGAACGGCAAGUACUUCGCGAGUGGCAGUGCUGAUGGCAGCAUAAAGCUGUGGGACACCGUCUCCAACCGCUGCUUCAAUACAUUCAUCAGCGCGCACGAGGGCUCCGAGAUCUGCUCUGUCGAGUUCACCAGGAACAGCAAGUACCUGCUGACGUCAGCGCUGGACUCUUCCAUCAAGCUGUGGGAGCUGGCCAGCAGUCGCUGUCUCAUCCAGUACACGGGAGCGGGGACCACAGGCAAGCAGGAGCACCCCGCGCAGGCCAUCUUCAACCACUCGGAGGACUACGUGCUGUUCCCGGACGCCGCCACCACGUCGCUGUGCACGUGGCACUCGCGCAGCGCCAGUCGCUGCCAGCUCAUGUCACUGGGGCACAACGGUGCCGUCAGACACAUCGUCCACUCGGGCACGGCGCCCGCCUUCCUCACGUGCAGCGACGACUACCGCGCACGCUUCUGGUACCGCCGCAACACACACUGAGAUAUAACUCACCGGAAAUAUACGAGGAUGAACAUCCACCCGCCUUA